AUGGAAAAAUUACUUCCAAUUAUAAAUAGCGUUCAAGAUGCAUUUGCGAAUGUAGGAUUUAAUGAAACUAUUGAUUUACCUCAAAUUGCUGUUGUUGGGUCACAAUCCUCUGGUAAAUCAUCGGUAUUGGAAAAUAUUGUUGGAAGAGAUUUUUUGCCAAGAGGAGCAGGAAUUGUAACACGAAGACCUUUGGUGUUACAAUUGAUUAACAUUCCAUCCAAAUACAAGGAAGAAGUAUCGGAACAAAAAAAACAAGAAGAAGAAUAUGGAGAAUUUCUUCACUUGCCAAACAAAAAGUUUUAUGAUUUUUCAGAAAUUAGACAAGAAAUUAUCAGAGAAACAGAUCGAGUGACUGGAAGUAGCAAGGGUAUUUCACCAAUUCCAAUCAAUUUGAAGAUUUAUUCACCCUAUGUACUCAAUUUAACUCUGAUUGACUUGCCAGGUAUCACCAAGGUACCAGUGGGUGAUCAACCCAAAGAUAUUGAAAUCCAAAUUAGGAAUAUGAUUUUACAAUACAUUACAAAACCAAAUUGUCUCAUUUUGGCGGUAACUGCUGCCAACACCGAUCUUGCCAAUUCGGAUGCGUUGAAAUUAGCCAAACAAGUCGAUAAGGCUGGUCUUCGUACCUUGGGAGUACUCACCAAAGUAGAUAUUAUGGAUAAAGGAGUAGAUUGUCUAGAUAUCCUUCGAGGUGAAGUCUUACCACUCAAAUUAGGUUAUAUUGCAGUAGUCAAUCGAUCUCAAAAUGACAUUAAUAACAACAAGUCUAUUCGAGAUGCACUCAAAGACGAAGAAGCCUUCUUUAGAAAUCAUCCCGCUUACCGUAGUGUUGCAGACAGUUUAGGAACGAAACAUUUGGCAAAAACACUAAAUAAGAUUUUACUGGAACAUAUUAGGGAAACAUUGCCAGAUCUCAAGAAUAAGAUUAAUACGCUGACCUUACAGGCUCAACAGAAAAUGAGAGAAUAUGGUAGUGGACCUAUCAGCGGAGAUUCACCAGGUGCUCUUCUCUUACAACUCUUAACGGAUUACACCACUGAAUAUGUUGAAAGUAUUGAGGGUAGAAAUACUGAUAUUAUCAAGACGAAUGAAUUAUUUGGUGGUGCUCUCAUCAAUCAUAUUUUUGUAUCAAAAUAUUAUCCACAAAUGUCUGAAAUUGAUGCUUGUGAGAAUUUGACUGAUUAUGACAUUCGAACUGCAAUCAAGAAUGCUAAGGGUUCAAGAACUUCCUUAUUUGUACCUGAAGCUGCAUUUGAAAUUUUGGUUCGAAGACAAGUGAAAAAUUUAGAAGAACCAAGUAUUCAAUGUGUCGAUCGAGUAUUUGAAGAAUUAGUGAAUAUUGAAGAAUAUUGUGAAAAGAAACUUGUUAGAUUUCCUAAUUUGAGAGAACGUGUGAAAGAAUUUGUAAUGCAAUUAUGGAAAGAAUAUUCCAUUGAAUUGAAAGAAUUUAUUAGAAAUUUAAUUCGAAUUGAAUUGGCAUAUAUUAAUACGAAUCAUCCAGAUUUCUUGGGAGGUGGUCGAAAUGUAUUUUCUCUCAUGAUGACAAAGAGUCAACAACAACAACGAAUGAAUCGAGCACAAAGUGGAGAUCAAUUAUUACCUUCUCAUUCUCAGCAACAACAACCAAUGAUGACAACUACUACUCAUCGAUCCAAUCCACAACAACAACAACAACAAUUACAACCCUCACUCAUGCAUCCUUCUCGUAGUCAAGGUCAACUUACUCAUCAACAACAUGAAGAUGAUUCCAUUUAUGAUUACAAUCCAUCGUUGUCAUCAUCUUCAAUAGUGAAUGGAACUAUGAAAUCCAAUGUCAAUCAAAUGAAUGUGAUGGGUCUAUUGGGUGGAUCUUUGGAAGAACGUGAGAAACAAGAAGUAGAUAUCAUUCGAGCAUUACUUACUGCCUAUUUUGAUAAUGUGGUUCGAAAGAAUAUUUGUGAUAGUGUUCCAAAAGCAAUCAUGCACUUUUUAGUGAACAAAUCAAAAUUGAAUUUACAAAGUGAACUUGUGAAGGAAUUGUAUAAACCAGAAUUAUUUGAAGUUCUAUUGAAAGAAAAUGAAGCAGUAGCAAGAGCAAGAAAAGCCACACAGAAAAUGUUAGCAGCACUUUCAAAGGCACAAGAUGCAUUGAGUCAAGUGAAGAAUGUGAGAAUUUAA